AAACGCGUGGCGUGCGGGGCCCUGUGCUGGGCAGCCGCCUGGCAGCAGUGGAGGCUGGAGCAGAGCACCCUGCACGCGGGCCAGCGCCAGCAGCAGGCCCUGAGGUGGUGUCUGAAGGGAGCCCAGGGUCCCCACUCUCCUCUCCGGGGGAGCACAGAUAUGACCACCUUCCGGAAUCAUCUCCCUUUGACCAAGGCCAGCCAGGCCCCGGAAGAAGAAAGUGGGGAGCAGCUCCUGCCCCCUACUUCAAAACAGCAGCACGGGGAGGCCUCUCUGCAGGCCACCUUGCUGGGUCUGGCAGCCCUAAACCAGGCCUACCCAGCAGCGCUGGCCCCGGGGAGCACAGCCUGUGUGACCCCUGCCUCCCCCUGGCCCCACCCUCUCCCCUGGCCCUGGCACGCCCUCAGCCAGGGUAGCUCCCCUGGAGCCAAGGACCCCGGGGCCCUGCUGCUGGAGGCACUGAGGUCCCCAGGGCUGCGGGCACUGGAAGCCAGGACGGCCGUCGAACUCCUGGACGUUUUCUCGGGCCUGGAAGCCGAUGGUGAAGAGCUGGCUGAGGCAAUAGCUGCUGGGAACCCAGGAGCACCUCUCCCCACACGGGCAGCUGAGCUGCGGGAAGCCCUCGAGCAGGGACCCCGAGGACUGGCCCUGCGGCUCUGGCCAAAGCUGCAGGUGGUGGUGACUCUGGACGCCGGGGGCCAGGGCGAGGCUGUGGCUGCCCUGGAGGCCUUGUGGUGCCAAGGGGUAGCCUUCUUCUCACCUGCUUAUGCUGCCUCUGGAGGGGCGGUGGGCCUGAACCUGUGGCCAGAGCAGCCCGCUGGGCUCUACCUCCUCCCCCCUGGUGCUCCCGUGAUUGAGCUGCUCCCAGUCCAGGAGGGAGGCCAGGAAGAGGCUGCCACCACUAUCCUGUUGGCCGAGGCCCAGAAGGGCCAGGAAUACGAGCUGGUGUUAACUGAUCAGGCCAGCCUUACCAGAUGCCGCCUGGGUGACGUGGUUCGGGUAGUUGGUGCCUACAAUCAGUGCCCAGUCGUCAGGUUCAUCUGCAGGCUGGGCCAGUCCCUGAGUGUUCGAGGAGAAGACAUUGGCGAGGACAUGUUCUCUGAGGCCCUGGGCCGGGCGGUGGGGCAGUGGCCAGGGGCCAAGCUGUUGGACCAUGUCUGUGUGGAGAGCAGCAUUCUGGAUUCCUCCGGGGGCUCUGCUCCCCACUAUGAGGUGUUUGUGGCACUGAGGGGGCUGAGGAACCUGUCGGAGGAAAAUCGAGACAAGCUGGACCGCUGCCUCCAGGAAGCCUCUCCCUGCUACAAGGACCUGCGCUUCCGCGGCAGUGUGGGCCCUGCCAGAGUCCACCUGGUGGGGCCGGGGGCCUUCAGAGCGCUCCGGGAGGCCCUCGCUGCCUCCCCCGCAGCCCCCUUCCCUCCGGCAAUGCCCCGGGUCCUCAGGCACAGGCACCUGGCCCAGCUCCUGCAGAGGAGGGUGGUGUCCUGAGCGGAGGCUGCCCGCCGGCCCCACCGCCCCACAAACUGCCUCUCUCUUUCCUCUGGAGCCUCUCCGGAUGGGGAGCCCUGGGCCAGGGUCUGUGACUCUGUGUCACCUCUCAGUCGCUCAUCUGAGCUGCUGGGCCUUCGGGAGGUCCAACCUCGGCAGCCAGCUCUGAGGAGGUGACCUCCGGGGUGUAGCAGACCCCGCAGGGCAGGGCCCUGCCUGGAGCCCCGUGGACCCCUUCUGGAGGACCCUGCUAGAGCGUUCCCAUACAUGCUGGUGCUCGCGUGUCUCCCAGCCCAGUGCACUGUGCAGGCUGCGAGUGUUGGGAGUUGGUGUUCCCAGGAGCACCCCUCAGUCAGCAAGGAACAGGAGUUGUGAAUACCAGCCUCAGCUUCAUUGUCCCUCAGAGCCACUAUUUGAAGUGUGUGUGCACCAGCUGCCCACACUGGCAACCCUCUCAUGAACACGGUUCUUAAGGCAUCCUUCCCGUCUCCACUCCCUGAUGUGUUUUCUAGGAUCACCUCCCAAAUAAACCUCUUGCACCCAG